GUUGGUUCUAAUUCAUUGGGAGCGCUUAUUUCGCUCUCAUGCUCCAGUACCGUACCGGUAGUCACACGAUAGCCCUCGUGAACUCUUGAACCAGCUGUGGCGAGCCUUUGACCCACGCACUCAGCAUAAAAGUACAGUAAGUACUGUACUCCUCGUAUUUGUUUGUGUUCAUCAGCAUAGUACCAGCGUAAUAGCCACAGAGAAGCCUCUUUGGAGUGAAGCCCAACAGCCAGCUAGCCAACGAGCCAACAACGUACGGUACCUGCAGCCUGCAGCAGAAUGGACGACAGAAUUAUUGAUACAGGUACAGAUAUUGAUACCCUCCUCCAGAAACAGGAAAGGGAGCUUCGAGAAGCCAACAGAAUGAACGACCCAAAGAAGGACAACAAUGAGAUGACAGCCGCCGCUGGCAUGUCACCAGCAGAAGCCGCCAAGAAGAAAGAAAUGGGGGCCGGUAGUACCAAAGUCGAUGAGAAUAUCCCAAGCGAUUUCUCUGAAAUCGUUUCCCUGCCCAUGCCCAUGCCACGCCAUCAUCGAUAUAUCGACGAUCCAUCGAUCCCAGGCGCGUACGCUGUCCAAGGAGCGAUAUAUGCGCCCCCUUCGCCCCGAGUCAGUGUCUCGUCGGGUUCGACUGGCGGCGGCGGUGACAUUGAAAUGGGGAGUCCAGCAGCAGUGCCUGCAGCAAGCACCAGCGAUACUAAUAACGAUGGAUUGGUGGAAGCACGACCUGUCACACAACCCCAAGCCACAGCCGAUGAGGUGGUAGUCUUGAAGCACGAGAAGAAGAAGCCCUGCCGCGCCUCGUUGGUUCUGAUCGUUGUUGCGGUGGUUGCCGUUCUAGUGCUAGCAGUUUCAUUUGCCGUCGCGGUCACCAACGCGAGAACCGACGACGAUGUCAUUAUUAUGGUUACAAGCACCAAGCCGGAUGACACGGAAGAAGGACAGCAGAAGAAGAACCAGACGUUGGAUCCAACACUGGGCAGGUUACUCCCCAACUACACACUGGACGCUAUCCGUCAGGGCAUGUCUGUUCUUGAUGGUAUGGACAGUAAUGCCACAACGAACGUGACGCUGCUGACCCCACAAUACAGGGCCUACGAUUGGCUUACCACCGAUAUGGAUAUGCAGUCUUAUGCAGACGAUCGCCUCGUUCAAAGGUUCGCUCUCGCGACCUUCUUCUUCAGCACCAAGGGAUACAACUGGACUUCGCAAACCCAAUCAUUGCUCAAUGACACCAAUCACACAGCAGCAGAAAGUCUCCUUCUAAAUCCAAAUGAUUACUUUCGUCCCCAAGAAAGCUUGGAAUGGUACCAAGCCGUACCAGGGUCGCGAAAACGAGACGUCCAAACGGAAGAAUCAGAGCGAUCACAGGAAGCCUUUGAACCGUGGUUGAGUCCGCAACACGAGUGCCAGUGGUGGUCACUAGCCCCGGUCAAUGGAUAUUCCACUUGCAACAACGAUUCCUCUUUCUAUGUGUCGUUGGAUGUGGAAGGGAACAACUUGGCAGGGGAGUUGCCACCCGAACUGGGUUUGCUCACGACACUGGAGAGUAUCUUUGUAGGGCGGGAUAGACAAACACACGGACCAAUCGUCUCUCAGAUUGGCCAACUGACCCGCCUCCGAGAAUUGCAUUUGGGCGGGUCCCAGAGCACCGGUACCAUUCCCACGGAAUUGGCGCGGCUCUCGGAUACGCUCGAGUACUUGGGCAUUGGUUUCAAUCGACUCACGGGAACCUUUCCAAGUCAACUGACGGCUCUCUCCAAACUGGAACAGCUCAAGAUUGAUGCCAACCGGCUACACGGUACUCUACCCAAGAACCUUGGAAGUCAUCUUUCCAAUCUUCGGAUUGUUUCCUUCUAUCGCAACCAAUUCAAUGGCACUGUCCUAUCCUCCUUGAUUCCAUGCGCCAAUCUGGCGUUUAUCGACAUUGCCGAGAAUCAAUUCGCCGACGAGAUACCCUCCGAGUUGGGCACGUUGACCCAUCUCACCCGUCUUUUCUUGCCAAACAAUCGAUUGCAUGGAACCCUGCCUUCAACACUAGCUCUACUUCCCAAGCUAGGCAAAUUGAACCUUCACAACAAUGUGAAUCUAACGGGGCCGCUGCCUCCCGAGUUUGCAGCUCUCAACCAAACUUUGACAGUCUUCCAGAUCCAGGGCACUGGGAUUACCGGGACCAUCCCGGAGGCACUCUGUGGCAUGAAAAAACUCAAGUUUGACUGCUCCGAUACACUUUGUGGAUGUGACUGUCCCUGUGGAUGAGUCGGAUGACAGCGUUGGCGCUCACAGCAAGCAAACGCAUGCCAUUAGCUACUACAAUGCCACAGGCCCUCCAUACGGUAGCCUAGCAACGUGUAUGUGGUCUUUGACCUUUGCAGGGCAGAUCACGGAGUUGUUCGGUUCUACAGAUUUGCCGGGGGGGGGGGGGUUAUUCCUGGCAGGCAGAGAAGCCUUCCAACUGAUUCGAUCUCCAGAUAGAUGUCCAGGGCAGGGGCGUCUCUACCACUUUGGCUAAAGGCACAGUGGUGCUCUAGAUUGCCAGAGGUGCACUCCUCGCUAGCUAGUACCACAGGAUAAAUAGUACUAGAGUACGGUACCUGAUAUUAGACAGCUUCUUAGCAUCAACUUUAGUGCUAGGCCUGUUCUCGCCUGCGCCAUGUACUUUCACAUGAUAUUGGCUAUUAGACAGGCCAGGCUAGGCUUGUAUCGUGGGCCAGAAACAACCCAAUAGGCUAGACUGGCUAGACCGCUCAGCUUGUGCCUGGGGUGGGAUACAUUGCUGGGGGACCCUUGGAUUCGGCUUCGCAUGCCUUCAAAAUUAAGUCAGCGGGAGCUGCGAUACCUCGGCAGAAAGACAAAUAAAGAAAGAGGAUCGUGUUUGAGAUUGCAUCCUUCUUUCAAGGUAGACCUGGCGACAACACCCGACUUCGUCGUGUGUUGCCGCCCGGUAUCAUUCCCUCAUUAUAACCUUCUUUUUAUGUAAGCUAGCCCUGGCGAC